AUGGCAAGAGGAAUGGGUAGACUGACGGCCCUUAUUGUUGUUGUCGUCCUCCUUCAUCAAACUUGCAAUACUAGUACCGCUGAGGAUCACUGUACUCCUUCAUGCGGCUCUAUCCUUAACAUAAGCUAUCCGUUUCGAUUAACGAGCGAUCCAGAAAACUGCGGCGAUCAAAUGUAUAAUCUUUCAUGUGAGAAUAACCAAACACUAGUGUUACACUUAUAUCAUGAAAGAUACUAUGUACGACAAAUCAAUUACACUGACUACUCAAUCCGAGUUGUAGACCCAAGUAUUGGACUAAACGCUAAUGAUCAGUACUACUCCUUCAUCCCUCGUUAUUCUCUAGAUAGAGCUAAUUUCAGUCCAAGGGAUCCAUAUCAAAUGUAUGCUCAGGGAGAGAAUACACAUCCUGGAUCAGACCGUAUGUAUUUUGUGAAAUGUGAAAAGCCAGUGAAUUCUAGGUAUCAUUUAAACAUUUCUGUUUGCUUUGAGGGUGGAGUGUAUUCUUCCAAGACGUAUACAUAUGCUCUAUUCUGGGAAUAUCGUUCUGCACUGAAGUUGGGGGACUUGUGCCAAGUAGAGCAAAUAUCUCUGGCAUCCUGGUCAAAUCGUUAUUAUAAUGAUGACUUGAGAAAUAUUUCUUGUACAGACUUCCACAAUAAAUUGCUAUGGGGUUUUGAGCUUUCCUGGUUCCGAGCUUAUUGUGGCUGCAGAGGGGAACAAUGA